GAACGCAUACUGCGAUUUUUUUUGGGUGGAUUUGGAGACCUAGAACUCCCAAGUCUUUUAACGCCAAGAACACGAGCAGACGAAGUUGUCGUCGUCUCGUCUUCUUUUUCUUCUUCUUGUUCUUCCUCCUCGUUCGAGCUUGGUGCUCCUUCGGAAACCCUAGAUGCUUCGAAGCUUUCGUUAGAUUUCACUUCGGCGGUUUGUUAAUGAUGGAGGAAGCACGGUUCUAGGGUUUUCUUUCUCUCUUCUUUGGGUGAUGGCGUGUUCUUUCUGAAUUCUCAUUGUCCCUUCUUAUUUGGUACUAGACUUGCAGUUCGGGUGAAAUGAGUGGAUCAAAUAGAAAACGCAGUUCAAGAUGGGACUUCAAGGAAGAACCGGAACAUCUUAACAGCAAUGCUAGAGGUGAUGAUUAUCCCGGGAAAUCAGGUUCCUAUUUCCGUGACAAAGAGUCUGAACCUGGCCUGUCCUACACAGAGGGUAAUGGCAGAAAUGACAGUAAGAGGUUAGAUGAUGGUGAGCAUCUGAAAGCUAAGCAUGAGAAUAGACAGCACUCUGGAGAAGCGUGGCCACGAAGCAGAGUUUCGCAUAGUGGUGAUGGCAUGAUUGGAUACUAUGACCGCCAGUCUCCAGUGAGGGACCGACACAAUGAUAGCAGAAGCCGAAGCCGGAGUCGUAGCCGAAGCCCAGUCCACAGAGUAAAGCGAGAAGCAGGACCCUAUGACAAACAGAAGAGCCGAGCACGAGUUUCACCACAGGCAAGUAGGGACUUUGAUGGUAGAUACAAGAGAGGUGGUGAUUUUCAGUCUGAUCAAAACGCCGACCCUGGUUGGGAAGCUCGAAAUAAGAAAGCAAGAGAUUCGAAAUAUUAUACUGAUGAUUCCAGAGAACAGGCCAUUAGAGGUGGAAGGUCGGAUUAUAGUACUGAUUAUCCAGAGGAUGAUUUAAGAAGAGAGAAAAGGCACUUACAUGAAGGUACAUCUGAUCCGGUCCUGAGAAGACACAGAAAUGAGCGCGAAUUUUCCAAUAUUCCCUGCAAAUUUUUUGCUGCUGGACACUGUCGCAAUGGAAAGAACUGUAGGUUUUCUCAUCAUGGUGCUGCUAGGGGAAGUCCGGAUAGAAAGCCUAAAGAAAAUUUAUUUGGACAGGAUAACAAUCAUAGUGGCGCGGAGAAGUUUCAGAAUGGUCCUAGAUGGAAUGGUUUUGAAAAAGCGGAUGCUGGAAAGUCUGGUGAUGUUGGAACUGCUCGUGCCAAUACAAGUAUAUCCCAACCUAAAGUUAAUGAAAGCUGGAUCAAUGACAUGGAGAUGUCUCCGGAUUGGGAUUACGGAGUUAAAACUUUUAAUAAGCCCUCGAAGGACGAACAUAGUGAAGUAAAAGAUGGUUUGUGGAGCCAUAGUUCUGCAAUAUUACCUCAGAAUGUGAAAGCUGGAAACUCUUAUUUUCAGCAAGAUGGAAAUCACAGGAGCAGUUCUGCGUUUUCCUACGGUGACAAACCUGUCAACAAUUACAAGAACACUGUCAAUGUUGCUCCCAUCCAAACAUCCGAUCAAGACAAUUUCAAUCAUAGUGCAUUGCGUAAUCAGAACUCCCUAGCUGUUGGGGGAAGUCAAGUGAUAACGAGUGCUAUCAACCUUCCCGGAGGCUUAAACUCGAGCAAUCCUGAAAACGGAAAAGGGUAUCAAGAGAAUCUCUCGGUGGAAAAACCCGUUUCCGGUGACUUGGAGUCAUCGAAGGGAAUGUUCAACAAUGCAAAUUCUGCAACUCAUAACAAUGCCACCCCAGAAGAGCUCAAUCAUAUCAGCAACAUCUCAGCUUCUCUGGCGCAGUUUUUUGGAAACGGACAACCACUUCCUCACCAUUUUUCUACCUUGACCCCGCAAACUGCGAUGCAGGUACCAUUGCAUACCGAAUCUGAGGGAUAUGGAAAGCAACAAUCUUCCGUGGGCAUUCAGCCAAAUCAGGCAGCUAUGUUCCAUUCUCACAACAAUCCAGUAAUCAAUCUGAUUCAGCAAAAAGGGAAUGAGAUGAACACUGGUGCAGGGGCUGUCCAGGCUGUUACUACACCCCAAACAAUCAAUACUGAUGCACAACAACACGAUAGCUCAGUUCCAUCAGCUUUCCUCGGGAUAGGUUCAGAGACAGAACCUGUUGAUACGAGCCACAAACAAGAUGAAAACCCCAAGGUUACUGAGGAGAAAAAGGACAAAAAGACCGAGGAAUCGAGCAAAGAAGAAGAUGGAAAAAAGACCUAUGAAGAGAGUGAGGAUGCUGAGAAUGCAGAGGAAGAUGACAAGGCAGAUGGAAACAAGAAAGGAAAAGACCCAAAAGGAAUACGGGCAUUUAAAUUUGCUCUCGUGGAGACGGUUAAGGAGAUUCUAAAACCCUUUUGGAGAGAAGGUCGGAUGAGCAAAGACGCAUACAAGAACAUAGUGAAGAAGGUAGUUGACAAAGUGACCGGGACAAUGCAGAAUGGAAACGUUCCUCAGACACAGGAGAAGAUCGAGCAUUAUCUAUCCGCUUCAAAACCGAAACUCACGAAGCUCGUACAGGCAUAUAUCAGCAAAGUGAAGAAGAGCUAGCUAGUUUAAGCCAGAGGAUGAUUAGACCAUGUUAGAAAUGUUUCAAACUGUUUGGAGACUAAAGCCUUUCUUGGAGAACCCUUCUUCGGUGGUGUAGAUAUACCGUAGAGCCUUCCUCAGGAAAAGAGGGAAAAAAAAUGUUUUUUUUUUCCUUCUCUUUCGGGGGGCUUGAAAAUGGUUUUUACUCAAAGCGAAGGUUUAGGUUCUGUAGCUGUAGCUGUUGGAUGUGUUGUUUCAUGUUGUUUUAGACAGAAACUGCUACCUUACUUAUUGGAAGAAAAAGUUAUUUUAAUUGACUUAUCCAAAUUCACGGUUAA